GACUCAACACUGGAAUCAUGGCCCCGCCGAUCGUUCAUCGGAGCAAGAAGAGGGAGAGGGCAAGACUUGCAUUCAAAUCCUGUGUUGUGUCUCAAAUCUGGGUGUUGCGUGGUCCAUGCAAAGGCAUGCGUCGAGCGCUCAGGAACGCCGCGCCACCGUCGGUGUCUACGCUUGAUGAGGCCAGACUAGCCAAUGAUGAGUGGCAGUGAUCAUGUGCCGCCGGUCGACGCGCGAGGAGGGCUCGGUAUGUGAUGUUGUGUGCAACCGAGGGCGCACUAUUGAAACUUAAGACUGCCACACCACCUUGGCGGGAAGAGCCAAGGCUGCAUGUUCAGGUACUCAGAAUGCACGUCAUGACUGACGAGGUUGUUGUGGCGGCCGCAAAUGAAGCGCGGUACGAGCACGUCUCCGCGAUAUCCUUGCGAAAACUCUACGCGUUUGCGUACUUUGCCAAGACUUUUCUAGCAACGCAUUUGGUGGGCCCUCGCACUGUGAAGCGGGUUUUGCGUGGUUGUCUUGGGUGUGAAAUGCUUAAGCGAAUGUUCUUGAUCUUCGCGGGUGCGCCAAUGAAAGCGGACAUCGUCGAGCUCAGAGACAUCUUCGAUGUUGAGAUUGCCAGUUUAAUUGACUGGCCUUCGAAAGUGGCUGUGUGCGAUAUAUACUACCUGAAAUCAACGCCGGUCCUUUGGGAAACGACUUGGCGGUUCACCCAGCGAAAUCGCAGAGAGCUGGUCCCUGCGCUCCUAGAUACGAAUGAUCGCUGCACGUAAACAGCCAACGGGACCUAUCGUCUGCGCAACCGUGGCCAAUGAGCGUGUGAAGGGUCAAUGGCUGCGCGCGUCGGCUCCGAGUGGCGGCCAAGAGGAGGGAAGAAAGAGCCCAAAAUUGGGGUCGGGUGGGGUGGACACGUUUUCUGGAGGUAUCAAG